AGUCCCGGCAUGCUCUCAGGUCCAAUGGUUGCAAAUGGCGGGUUCUGGUUUCGCAGUAGCUGAGGUCCACGCUUUCUGUUUUUGAGUUGACAAACAGGUUCGUUCCCUUUAUGGAAAAAAAAACACAACCCCGCCACCACGAUUAUAGCGAUUAUAGUAUAACUUUGUUGUGGUUUGUGUUCAUUUUACUGAAGAUAACCAACAAGUCUCAUUGGGCCGAAAUGCUGACAAUGAAACAAUUGGCGUUAUUGUGGCUGCCGUAUCUCAGCGUGUUUCAAAACAUUUGCUGCUCCAAGCUAAACAUGCCCAAAGUGCUGCUGCCGCUCGCCAGAGGUACACGAAUUAACUUCACACUGGAAACCACUGAAGGUUGCUACAGAUGGAAAUCAACACGACCAGAAGUAGCAAGCGUCGUGCCCAUCGAUGAAGAAACUGGCCGAGGCUGCUCCAGGAAAGCGGUUCUUCAAGCUCUUUCAACCCAGCCCUCCAGGUUGACCAGCAUCAUUCUGGCUGAAGAUGUUGUAACAGGACAGGUACUGCGGUGUGAUGCAAUCGUUGACGUGAUCUAUGAUGUUACUAUUGUGUCCACCACCAGAGAGCUACACCUGGAGGAUUCACCCCUUGCACUCGAAAUUAAUGCACUGGACUCUGAAGGAAACACCUUCAGCACUCUUGCAGGUCUGGUAUUUGACUGGACUUUAGUGAAAGAUGUGGAUGUAAACGGAUUCUCUGAUUCUUAUAAUUCAUUACGGUUUCUGAAGUUUUCAGAGUCUACAUACACACCUCCUGGAUACAUAUCUGAAAUGGAGCGUGUUGGCAAACAAGGCAAUAUAAUUUUGGUGUCGGGCCUGAAAACAGGACAUGCUAAAGUGAAGGCCAAAAUCCAAGAAUCGCUGUAUCAUGGUGUGGAUGCAGCUGAGGUGAAACUAUUGAUUUUAGAGAACAUUUUACUCAGUCCUGCACAUGACGUCUACCUGCUAGCCGGAACGUCAAUCCGAUACCAAGUCCUGAAGAUAAGACAGGGUUCAAUAACUGAACUUUCAAUGCCAUGUGAUCAAUAUGAGUUGCACCUUCAGAACAGCUUGGUUGACACAAACGGAAACCCAGACGUUCCCGUCGCUCAUCUAGAUCAACGAUCCUCCACAGUUACUGCCAUUCAGCUGGGACACGUCAAUGUCGUGCUCGACCAUAAAAGUUUUCGUAUGCAAGGAGUGUUUCGACUUCCCAACAGCACUGUGUAUGUGGUGGAACCUGGCUACCUAGGUUUCAAAAUUCAUCCUGGAGACAGUUGGGUUCUGGAAAAAGGCAGAGACUAUGACAUCAUGAUUGAAGUAUUUGAUAAAUCUGGCAACAAGCUCUUCCUAUCUGAUAAUGUCUUAAUUGACUGUGUUUUUCCCCUGGAAUACUUUAAAAUGUUGCACUCUUCCCCAAAUGGAUCUCAUCAUAGCGUCAAGGCUAUCAAAGACGGCCUUAGUGUCUUUGAUGCUACCCUAAGAGCUGUUCAGGAUCAAAAGGGUGGGGUGCACACACUCGCCACCCCAGUCCACAAUGAACAGGAUGUGGAAAUUUAUAACCCCAUAGUACUUAGUCCCAGUAUUCUUACGUUCCCUUGGCAACCCAAAGUCGGCGCUUACCAGUACACAAUUAAGGCAACAGGUGGCAGUGGAAAUUUCAGCUGGUCUUCCUCCAACACGGCUGUAGCAACAGUGACUGUCAAAGGCGUGAUGACAACUGUCAGUGACAUUGGUGUCAGCACAAUUUAUGCUCAUGAUAUGCGCAACCCACUCCACUUUGGAGAGAUGAAGGUAUACGUCGUUGAACCUGUGGCAAUGGACUUUGCUCCCUGCCAAGUGGAGGCCCGAGUGGGGAUGACUCUCGAGCUACCCCUCAGUAUAUUUGGCCUGCUGGAGGAAAAGGGGACGGCGCGUGUUAUGUUGAGUGACUGCUCCCACUUUGACCUGCAGGUUGACGAAGAAAGACAAGGCGUCUUUCAGCAGCUUGAAGGUCGUCUGAGUCCAGGCAGGGGCUACUGCAGUGGGGUGAGAGCCAAAGCUCUGGCUCCAGGCUACACCACGCUCUCGGUCAGCUACACCCACAGCAAGGUUCACCUCAGUGCGAAGAUCACUAUUGCAGCUUAUCUUCCCCUCAGUGCGAUUGACCCAGUGUCUGUGGCUCUAGUGACUUUGGGUUCCUCAAAAGACAUGCUGUUCCAGGGUGGGCCUCAGCCUUGGGUCCUGGAGCCCUCUAAGUUCUUCUGCGACUUGAAAGCCGAGAAUGAAGAAAGCGUGAGCUCCACUGUGACCAGCCCACUGUCCCCUAAUUACGACCAGCACUUGGUCAGAGCAACCUGCAGGGCAUUGGGAGAGCAGAUGCUGGAGGUGAGGGUGAGUAACAAGGCCAGUGUGACCAACCCUUAUCCUGCUGUAGAGCGGACAUCUGUAAAGUUUGUUUGCGCUCCUCCGUCACGCUUCACCCUCGUCCCAGUGUAUGCCAUCCCACAACUGGAACUACCGUGCCCGCUGUUGCAGCAGAACAACUAUGCGGUGCCAGUUUCAAAUUUCCGCAAUUCAAUUUUGGAUCUUGGAGCGUUUGAUCAACAAGGGCGGAAGUUUGACAACUUCAGCUCUCUGAGUAUCACGUGGGAAUCAACCCAAGUGUCCCUAGCCAGUAUCGAACCUCUUUUACCCAUGACGCUUCAACUUUUUGAGGAUGAAAACAAACAGAUGAAAUUGCAUGGACGUCAGACUAUUGUUGUGCAUCGUCAGUCAGGGAUUGCUGCCAUCACAGUGACAGCACUGGAUUAUCAGAUUUCACAUAUCAAAGCAGCCAAAGUUCAUAGUCGAGAUGACUCAUUUACCCCUGUCUCAGCGACGUUGGAACUCAUAUUAGUUGAAGAUGUGACUAUUUUUCCUGACAAAUUGACCAUUUACAACCACCCAGAUGUCCGGGUUAACCUUGGCCUGCAAGAGGGGUCGGGCCAUUUCUUUAUAAAUACCAGCGUCAAAGAUGUUGCAGAUGUCAUAUUUCAAGGCAGCCAAGGAACCGCUCAGGUUGCCCCCAUCCAGCCAGGUGUGGUGCAAGUGAUGGUUCAUGACCUCUGUUUGGCAUUCCCAUCUACAGCCAAAUCCACAGUGCACGUCUCUGACAUCCUGGAGGUGAAUGUGAGAGUUGUCGACAAGGUGGAAAUUGGUAAAUCGGUAAGAUGUUAUGUCAGAGUUUUGGAUGACAACAAGAAGCCAUUCCCAGCCAGCUAUUUCCAAUUCAUGAAGUUGAAAGUUAAGGCAGCGUCUUCAAUAGUCUCAUUAAUACCAGCAGCAGAAUCUACAGAACACGACACUGCAGUUUACCUCGUAAAAGGAGUCUCUAUUGGCCAGACGACUUUGUCGGCUGUCGUAGUGGAUAAAAAUGAGAGAAAAUUUCGAUCUGCCCCUCAACAUAUUGAGGUAUUUCCAUCGUUCAAACUCAUCCCCAGGAAAAUGACUCUGCUGAUUGGAGCAAUGAUGCAGAUCACAUCUGAGGGUGGCCCUCAACCUCAGUCCAAUAUUAUGUUUUCCAUCUCCAAUGAAGACAUCGCCUCAGUCAACGGCAUGGGUCACGUCAAGGGUGUGACCGUUGGUAACGUCAGUGUGACAGGGCUCAUCCAAGCUGUUGAUGCUGAAACUGGAAAGCUGGUUGUUGUGUCGAAGGAUCAAGUUGAAGUUGAGGUUGUGCGUUUGACAGCCAUUCGAAUUAGAGCACCCAUUACACGAAUAAAGACUGGAGCACAGAUGCCGGUUUAUGUGAUGGGUUUGACCAGUAGCCAAACACCCUUCACAUUUGGUAAUGCUCUGCCUGGACUUAGCUUCCACUGGUCCACGACCAAAAGGGACAUCCUUGAUGUCCAUUCAAGACAUUCUAUGGCUAAUGUGGAGCUCAGCUCUGAGCACAAUUUCGGCAUGACUGUGACUGGCCGGACAAGAGGGCGGACAGGGCUCAAGGUUGUUCUCAGAGUCGUUGACCCUGUUGUCGGUCAACUUCCUGGUAAUAUUCCAGAGCUCAAGGAUGAGAUCCAAAUCCAGGUCUAUGACAAGCUGCACAUGGUAAAUCCUCCAAUUGAGACUGGGGAGAUACUCAUGGCCCCAAACUCAGUCCUUAAACUCCAGACAAACAGAGAUGGUGUGGGUGCACUCUCUUACAAGAUGCUGGACUACACUGACCUGGUUGCUAUUGCACAAGUUGACGAUAAGGGCUUCCUCUUGUCUGGUUCAGUCACUGGCAUUUCAUCGCUGCUAGUAACCUCACAAGAGUCCUUUGGUGUCAAUCAAACUCUCAUCAUUGCAGUAAAGGUGGUGCCUGUGUCCUACGUGCGCUUCAGUACCAGUCCAGCAUUACAUACGUCCACCAGAGAGAGCCUGAAAGCCCUCCCUUUGGGAAUAGUCCUCACAUUCAUUGUUCAUUUUCAUGCCAGCACGGGAGAGGCCUUGCACAGCUCCAACAGCCACCUCACCUUCGCCACCAACAGGGAUGAUCUGGUGCAGGUCGGGCCUGGGCCUUUUAAUCAUACCUUGACAGUCAGGACCCUCAACGCAGGCCUCACACUGCUGUCUGUGCAUGACAGUGAAAACACUGUCGCGGCAGACUACAUUCCGCUUCCUGUGGAGCACGCCAUCCAGCCAGGAGAGGCCCAGAUGCUGGUGGUGGGUGACGUCGUUUGCUUCACUGCUCAGUUGGUCAGUCAAGAUGGAGGCCGCGGUACUUGGAGCUCCUCGGCCAAUGCUGUGCUUCAGGUGGACUCCAAAACUGGUGCAGCUGUAGCCAGAGACUAUGGGGCAGCUACGGUUUACUAUGAAAUACCUGGUGUUUUGAAAACAUACAGAGAGAUUGUUGUGGAAUCGGCUACAAAGACAGCUGCAAUGGCACAGGCCUUACCAGUCAGAAUUGGCAAGCAGACUGAAGUUCUUCUCACAACCAGAGGACAAGGAACCAACCUCAUCGGAACCUGCUCGUCUAUCCAGACGGAAGCCAUUGUGCAACUGCAGCCAGAGACCUCUGUCAGCUGCCACCUCAGCUUUACUAGUGAUGCCGUCGAUUUCCCUGCAAGCAGUGUCUUUAAAACGCACACCAUCUUUGAUCCAAGCAUUGGCUUGUACACGUGUUCCAUGACCUUGCAGCCAAUGCCAGACCAGCUGAGCAGAGUUCUGAGCAUGUCCAUGACCAACCUGCUGGUGAAGGCUGGCCUGGAGGGCAGCUCCUUCUCUGGGGAGCAGGUCAGUGCCAGACUGCCAAUAGAACCUGGCCUCUACACUGACCUGACUGAGUUGAUGCUCUCAAACCUGCACCCAUCAGCGGAGCUCACAAUCUUCGGUCCAGCUUCUGCCCUGGCAGACAUGGAGGUGGUCUCCAGUUCUCCCAUUAUUGGUAUUCAAGAGAUGGAGGCACAUAGCGGCUUCCCGAGUCCCUCAAAGUACACUAUCAGGGCUGUGGACCUCCGAGCAGCUGGCUCUGCUUCUAUUACCAUCAGCAGUGCCUCCUCGGGUCAGAGUCUCAUCAUCCCGGUCACUUUGAUACACGUGGCUGAUCCCAGCGUAAGCUUGCAAGCUUCUUCACCACUUCACAUGGAAGGGGGCGUCCCGCUUCCAAACUCUUACCAGAUGAUGCUGUUCACCUUUUUCGCCCUGCUGGCUGGUACAGCCAUUGUCUUCAUCGUUCUCCACACGGUGUUAUCUCCCAAACCGCAAACAUACCCCGCUUCUUUCAUCCACAGGACGCCUCCACCAAUCUCUGCCCCAGAUUCCUACAACCACUCCAUACCCAGGGUGGAACCAAACAGUAGCCCCAGGUUGCGUCUUUAUUCCCCGGACUACAUGUCCUGAUGAAACCCUCACCAUGGUCCCUCUUGUCCCGCAGCGGGUCACCACUGAAUGUACUUCAUCCCCUGACGAACGAAAGCUGUGGGAUUUGAGUGCAAAAUCGUUGCAUUUUUAAUAUUGGUACACGACGUACAAAGGGCUUUAAAUAUCUGCUUGUGUGUGCGCGUGUGUGAGGAACAAAGUUUCUAUUGCUGAAUGUCCUUGGGCUGACGUUUGCUGUAUCCUGUUAUACAAGACCACUCCAUUGUUAAUGGGAAAACCCUUUUUAGCCAGCCCUAUGACCACGUUUCUUAUUUGUGCUCAAUUACCUUAUAUAUUGUUUGACUUUGACUGCAUAUUUUGGCGAUUUACAUGUAAACUCUGCAGGAACCACGUUCUGUUUGUGCCACCAAAAAAAAGACUUGAAAAGAAGAGGAAAUGUAGCUUAAACAAAUUACUGUAUGCUAAACUGUCAACUGAAGGCCGCCUACUGUGUUAACAAAUCCUUAAAAUGUGCAUCAUUAGGUCCCUUUUAAGUUUUGACAUUUGGGAUACUUCCAUUGGUUCGAGCCAUGACGUGCGCAGCUUCUGUUUAGUUCAUUAAUGUGAAACCACAACAGAUGUCAAGCAUCUGACGUUGCUUCAUUGCAAAAGAAAAAAAAAAUGUGACUGUCUUGUGUUUUUGACCUGCUUCUGGUCCUGAGAACACAGUAUCACUGUUUGAAAUGUUGACAAAAAGACUGAUUUCCGUGAAAGGUUUUGAUUCUGUUGUGGAAAUUUCAACUGUGAAUGAUGUUGAAUUUCUGUUUUCCUAUAGGCGAAAUAGCGUAUGCGCUAUACAUUAUUGUUGUGCCGAAGCAGCUCCUGGAACAUAACAAUGCCGUUGUUUUUCCCUUCCGCCUCACUUUUACUUGUGUAAAUAUGGCUGUUGAAAUAAAAGUGAUAAUUCAAAUUCA